CUUCGUCAAUGAAGAUGGAGAGAAGUUUGUUUCUUCUGUUGGUCGUCGGUUCAUUUGUGCCGCUACACGCAGAGAAAACUUGCAACAGUAAUCAAUUCACUUGUGGAAAUGGUAAAUGCAUAAGUAGGGGAUGGAAAUGUGAUGGUCAAGAUGACUGUGGAGAUGGAACAGAUGAAUCAAAUUGCACAAAAAUAACUUGCAACAGUAAUCAGUUCGCUUGUGGGAAUGGUAAAUGCAUACCUGGAACAUGGAAAUGUGAUGGUGAUGAUGACUGUGGAGAUGGAACAGAUGAAUCAAACUGCAGAAAAACUUGCCACAGUAAUCAGUUCGCUUGUGGAAAUGGUAAAUGCAUACUCAGAAGAUGGAAAUGUGAUGGUGAUGAUGACUGUGGAGAUGGAACAGAUGAAUCAAACUGCAGAAAAACUUGCCACAGUAAUCAAUCUGAUUUCAUUCUAGGACCAAAGCCUUUCAUUAUCUUCGCCUCCCGACACGACAUUCGCAAAGUUUCCUUAGAUUCUCAAAAAAUUUCCAUGUUAGUACCAAAUGUAAGACGAGUAGUAGCCCUCGACUACGACUACUCCACUGGCACCAUCUUUUGGCUAGAUAUGAUAACAGAAACCAUUAGAAGUGCUUCUUUAAAAAAUCCCUCAAUACAGAGAGUGAUUGUAAAUGAAUCAAUUGAUAAUCCUGAAGGCUUAAGCUUUGACUGGGUAAACAGAAGGUUGUAUUGGACUGAUGAAGGCUUUAGAACUAUAUCUGUAGUAGAUCUUGAUGGCAGAAAUAGACUGGAACUGGUUAAGAUCGGACUUCACAAACCGAGAGCUAUCAAAGUUUACCCUUCUACUGGGUAUAUGUUCUGGACAGACUGGGGGGACUCGCCCAAGAUAGAAAGAUGCGGGAUGAACGGAGAUCCCAAAACAAGACAAGCUAUCGUCACUACAAACCUCAAAUGGCCUAAUGGGCUUACUAUCGAUUUUACAACUAACAAACUUAUAUGGGCAGACAGCAAACUCCAAAAAAUAGAAUCUGCUAACUUUGAUGGUUCCCAAAGACGGGUUAUACUCAGAAAAGAUGUUGGUCAUCCUUUUGCUAUCGAUGUCUUCCAGGAUACGUUGUAUGUAAGUAGCUGGCGGCCGAGAAAUAUCUAUAUGGUAGAUAAAUCUACUGGUAAAAACAAAACCGUCACUUCAACAAUUGUUACUCCAAUGGGAAUUCGCAUUUACCAUCAACAGAAACAACCAAAAGGAAUGAACCCUUGUGGCAGCAAUAAUGGUGGAUGUAGUCAUAUAUGUCUUCUUGCACCAAGACCCAAGACUCAUACUUGCCACUGUCCUGAAGGCAUGGAACUAUUGCCUGAUGGGAAGACUUGUCAAGCAAAAACUUGCAACAGUAAUCAGUUCGCUUGUGGGAAUGGUAAAUGCAUACCUGGAACAUGGAAAUGUGAUGGUGACGAUGACUGUGGAGAUGGAACAGAUGAAUCACUUCCUGGAUCAAUGGGAGGAAAUCUCACACUUCCUUGUAAUCUUACUGAAAAGCAGUACUCUGACAAGAUCAACGGCUGUUCUAACAGACUAUUGUCAAUGUGGACAACAAAUAGAGGAGAUCCAAACCUUUGUCGGGAGUACAAAUUAACCAAGGACUGUGUAAAAAACAUUCUUGAGACACGAUGCCACUUCUCGUCGCUGGAUUGGUUUAGUGAGCUUGUUAAUCUAACACUGGGCGAGUACAAUCCUUUCUGUAAGAAUGGUAUCGAUCCUCCGCCAAGCCCCAUAGGAAUCAAGCCUUUCAUUAUAAUUGCCUUCGGUCAAAAUAUUCGUAAAGUGUCCUUAGAUUCAAAACGAUUCUCCGUGUUAGUGAAGGUAUCAACUGGAAAUGCAAUAGUCAUAGACUACGACUAUUUGACAAGCACCUUAUAUUGGGCAGACCAAAGUACAAAAGCCAUUAAGAGCGCUUCUUUAAAGAAUCCCUCGAUACAGAGAACGCUCGUAAAUGAGUCAAUCUAUCUUGCUGAAGGCUUAAGCGUUGAUUGGGUGAAUAGAAAGUUAUAUUGGACUGAUUUUGGUGAUAAUGGCUUUAACAAGACCAUAUCUGUAGUUGACCUUGAUGGUAACAAUAGAUUGACACUCAUAAAGCUGACUAUACGUGAGAAGCCAGCAGCUAUCACAGUUUAUCCUUCUACUGGAUACAUGUUUUGGACAGACUGGGGAGAAUCGCCCAAGAUAGAAAGAUGCGGUAUGAACGGAGAUCCCAAAACAAGACAAGCCAUCGUCACUACAAACCUCAAAUGGCCAUUUGGUCUAACAAUGGACCACACCAUUAAAAAGAUUUUUUGGUGUGAUCAAAAUCUCAAAAAACUAGAAUCUGCUAACCUGGAUGGUUCACAAAGAAGAGUGAUACUAAGCAAAGAUGCUGGUUUUCCCUUUGCUGUUGAUGUAUUCCAAGAAAUGCUGUAUGUCAGUAACUACGUCGAGAAGGAAAAUAUCUACAUGGUGGAUAAGUUUACUGGAAAAAACAAAACUGUCCUUCUUGAUUCAUACCAUUAUCCGUUUCGCCUUCGCAUUUACCAUCAACAGAAACAGCCAAAAGGAAUCAACCCUUGUGGCAGCAAUAAUGGUGGAUGUAGUCAUAUAUGUCUCCUUGCACCAAGACCCAAGACUCAUACUUGCCACUGUCCUGAAGGCAUGGAACUAUUGUCUGAUGGGAAGACCUGCAACAAUUCAGAAAGCAAAUCAAGCGAUCGAUUAAUUUGUGCCAAUGGAGUACUGAUACCUGUACAAUGGAAAUGUGAUGGUAGUGAUGAUUGCGGGGAUGGAACGGAUGAAUUUAACUGCACAUGUUCAAGUGAUGAAUUUGUUUGUGGCAACGGUAAAUGUAUAUCUGCAAAAUGGAAAUGUAAUGGGAUAAGUGAUUGCGACAAUGGAACAGAUGAAAUGAACUGCAAACCGGUAACAUGUAAAAGUAAUCAAUUCACUUGUGACAAUGGAAAAUGUUUUCCUAAGUCUUUUAUGUGUGAUAAUGUCAAAGACUGUAGCGAUGGAACAGAUGAAUCAAACUGUAGAAAAACUUGCCACAGUUUUCAAUUCGCU